AUGGAGGCUGGCUGCAAGGCUGCGAGUGAUGGGGAGAACAUUGGAAACUGUCCUUUUUGCCAGCGCCUUUUUAUGGUCCUGUGGCUUAAAGGAGUUAAAUUCAAUGUGACUACUGUUGACAUGACCAGAAAACCUGAAGAGCUGAAGGACUUAGCUCCAGGCACCAAUCCUCCAUUCCUGAUGUUUAACAAGGAGUUGAAAACAGACUUCAUUAAAAUUGAGGAGUUUCUAGAGCAGACACUGGCUCCUCCAAGGUAUCCUCACCUGAGUCCCAAGUACAAGGAAUCCUUUGAUGUGGGCUGUAACCUCUUUGCCAAGUUUUCAGCAUACAUUAAGAAUACACAAAAGGAAGCAAAUAAGAAUUUUGAAAAAUCUCUGCUCAGAGAAUUUAAGCGUUUGGAUGACUAUUUAAACACCCCACUUCUGGAUGAAAUUGAUCCAGACAAUGCUGAAGAACUCACAGUUUCCAGAAGAUUGUUCUUGGAUGGAGAUGAAUUGACACUUGCUGACUGCAACCUGCUACCCAAACUGAAUAUUAUUAAAAUUGCUGCCAAAAAAUACCGUGAUUUUGACAUUCCAGCAGAAUUCUCAGGAGUCUGGAGAUAUCUCCACAAUGCCUAUGCCCGGGAAGAAUUUACCCACACAUGUCCUGAAGCCAAAGAAAUUGAAAACACCUAUGCAAGUGUGGCUAAACAGAAGACUUAA